AUGGCCUUCGCGAGGAAGACGGGCAUGAGCUUCGGGGGCGUGGUUGGCGGCGGCAAGAUGGCCCACGGGCUGAAGGUCGGCCAGAUCGUCUCCGACAUGUUCGGCCUGCAGAGGGACCAUCUGUACCAGAAGACCAUCCCCAUGCCAGCCGUCAAGGUCAAGAAGCUCACGCAGCUCGAGGAGCUGAGGCUCAGCCAGAACGUGAGCGACGACGUUUGGCUGGCGACCAACCUGCCCCAGAACGGCAUUAAGGCCCCGCGCACGAUCGACGAGUUCCUGGACGACGAGUUCCUGGAGGCCCUGCGGGCCCAGAUGUUGCCGCGGCUCACCGAGCAGAACCCGAUCGCGGCGAUCCGCCACGGGAACGGCCCCAUGGUGGCCAUGCACGUGCGGCGUGGCGACGUGUCGCAGUGGCGCAACCCAGACCGCUAUGCCGGAGAACGAGUUCUACUACGACCUGGCGGCCCGCAUCCGCGCGCAGCUGCCCGGGGCGGAG